AUGUCUGGAAACAUGGGCGGUACUAGUGGCAAGAAUCCUAAACCACCUUCGAUAAUAUCUCCAACGUUUUCAAAUGCAGCGAGAAAACCAGACCCGGACGGUUCCAUGAACUCUUUCGCGCACGCCGAAUCGACAAUUAACGGUCCAGUUAUUCCGGGGUCAACAAGUCCAGCGACGUGCGCAACAAAAUCGAUUAUGAACGCCAGUGGUACUUCGGGAGCUGUAGUAAGUAACACGCCGGAACCAGGAUUGAAAAGAGUUCCCACAGUUACGUUCAGCGACUCCAAACAUGCGUCGCUAAAGCAACAAGCGGUAACCAAUUCCGCAACCCAGCAUGGCAAAAUACACAGCGGAGACGAAACCGACAAGAGUAAUGCUUCUAGCCCUCAGCUUAGAGCCACUUCGCCCACCGGUGCACCAGGCACGAGUGUAAAAGGUGCAUCACCCCCACCCCUCGCAGAUGUAUCGUCGGGUGUUACACGUCCAGCGACUAUGAGGAGCGGUUCUCGUCAAGGAGAAAAGCCUACAAUUAUGUCGAAACUAAUGCACUCUGCGGACUUGUUGCAUCACGGCAGCGAUAAGAGCAGCGCUCCGUCCAGCGUAGCUUCGGAUUCUGAAGCAAAAAAACCUGACAAGGAAGAACAUGCUCAUUUUUACGUCGAUGACGUGCUACAUUCACCUGGGUUCCGGUCAAGGUCGAACAGCGGGAGCCCCAUGUCUCCGCCCAUGAUGGCUUCCCCUGUGAGCGUUGGGGAAAAACGACAAGACUCUACUUUGAAGCCUGAGCCGACCAUCAUCGAGUCCCCUGAAGAAAUGGCCGAGUUAGCACCAGAUCCAGCGUUCCAGCAAAUUGCACCUAACAUCCCAAAGCGGGAAGUUGGAAAAAAUAGCGAUCCACGCUUGCCCCAGGACGACGGGAAACUUCACAUUUUGUUUGGCGCCACGGGCUCAUUAUCGGUUCUCAAAAUCAAGGCUAUGGUAAAAAAGCUAGAAGAGAUUUAUGGACGAGACAAGGUUUGCAUUCAAGUCAUCUUAACACAGGCCGCUGCCCAAUUUUUCGCAAUGAGGGCGCGCAAGUCACGCAUCGAGGGUCGUACCCCAUCGGAGACGCCAUUGUCGGCGCUGCCCUCAAACAAGGACGACGCGGGCGCCGACGCUAACUUUACACCAUCGAGCAGAAGCCAAAGUCAGACUCAAAUAGCAGUACCGGGUGGGCCCGCGGGCACCACACCUGGAAGCGGCCACGCAUGCGGACCGGCUCCGAAGGUCGAGCUGCCCCCACACAUCCAGGUGUGGACGGAUCAGGACGAGUGGGACGUAUGGAAGCAGCGCACAGAUCCAGUCCUGCAUAUCGAGCUGCGCCGUUGGGCCGAUAUCUUGGUCGUUGCCCCAUUGACGGCGAACACGCUGUCGAAGAUCGCGCUCGGGCUCUGCGACAACCUGCUCACAAGCGUGAUCAGGGCCUGGAACCCGAUGUUCCCUAUUUUCCUAGCGCCAUCGAUGGUCAGCAGCAGCUAUAAUUCCAGCAUCACGAGGCGGCAUCUCAAGAUGAUUCGCGAGGAGAUGCCAUGGAUUACGAUAUUCAAGCCUUCCGAGAAGGUCAUGGGCAUUCACGGCGAUAUCGGGCUUGGAGGCAUGAUGGACGGGAACGAGAUCGUCGACAAAGUCGUUAUGAAGCUCGGAGGUUAUCCGAAGGACGAGGACGAGGAUGACGACGACGAUGACGACGACGAAGACGAGGUCGAGAGCACCCCGAACAAGGUCAGAAAGGAAAGCACUCUGGACGAAGAAGACGAUGACGACGACGAUGACGACGAUGACGACGAUGAUGACGAUGACGACGAUGAUGACGACGACGACGAAGACGGCCACUUAAAUGAUACUAUUCGCAGCUCAAGGCUCGAUGACACAGAGAAAACUCAUUCUGGCCCCGCACCUGUCUUUACAGAUCAAGUCCACCGGCGGUCUCUUGUAUGA